GAGACUGGAUAUACAUCAUCGAUGAUACUCAAAAGGUGGCGAUUUUAAUUCUGCCAUGGAAGCGCUUCAGGAGAUUAUUCCCUUUCUGAGCAAAUUUGCUCGGCUGGAUUUGAAAGCAGUCUCAUUGUCACAUGUGUUAAGCCUCACCGGAUCGAGAGACGGGAUAGAACUUAUCAGUAAUUGUACACCACUGUUGGCUAACAUUGUCGAUCUUACCGGUGAUGAUUCGGAUGCGCUACGAAAGGAUGCAGUGCUGACACUGGUUAACAUAUCGGCAGAGCAAUGUGGUGCCGAAAAACUGGUUGCGGAAUUGGCAGACCAAAUAGUACCGUUGGCAUACGAUGCGGUAGUGAAUGAAAACUCUAAAACGGCGGAUGCAUGGAGUAUGGUACUCUGUAACAUGACACGUCCAGAGCACCUUGUCGAGGCAGUUGUAAAUCAGCUACUUAAAAUUGAAUAUGCUUUCGAAAAGCUAGCCACAUGUUUCACCAGAAUUAGUUUCAACAAACAAAAAGGGCAUUUAAAUUAUUUGGGCCCUCUUUUUAGCAACCUAUCGCAAAGCAAGCAAGGGCGAGAGUUAUUCUGCAGCCGGGAAACAGAUUUACUAACUCGAAUCUUACCUUUUGUCCACCAUGAGGGCAGUAUUGUUCGCCGUGGUGGAGCAGUUGGUCUGUUAAAGAAUAUUUGCUUCGAUAGCACCAUACACGAAUGGCUUCUAAGUGGAAACGUUGAUGUUCUUACUUUCAUCCUCUUUCCGUUGGCUGGACCGGAGGAGUUUGACGACGAAACAAACGAUAAGCUUCCCGUAGAGCUACAAUAUCUAGGCCCAGAGAAAGAACGUGAAGCGGAUCCAGAUAUCAGAAAGAUGUUAGUAGAGUCUCUGGGACAACUGUGCGCUACUAGAAAAGGUCGUGAGUAUCUACGGGAUCGCGGUACCUACGAGAUUCUCAGGGAAUUGCACAAAUUUGAGUGCGGUCCGAAUGGAGACCCGCGUGUUCUGGCGGCCUGCGAAAGUGUGGUGGACAUUCUCAUAAGGACGGAGGAUGAGAUUGGUGAAGAUAAUUUAAAGACCCUGGAAAUUCCUGACGAUGUGAUUAAGAAACUGAAUGACUUAGAAAAUAAUAGCGAGUUGUAACAUUAAGUUUCAUUUGAUUUGGUUCUUUAAGAUGUUCUUAUUUGUAUAUAGAUAACAUUAAUAAUCAAUUAAAUUCAUUGAAAAGAAGCGAACCAGUCACAGGCUGAAAACCUCUGAAAUAAAUAUGUAAUCAAAAUCAAU